AUGUCGCAAUUCGCCCUCGUCGCGCUUAUUCUCGCCGCGUUCAUCAUCCCAAACGUCGAUUCGAUUCGAUGCUAUGACUACACCAAAUCCAGUGUCGCCAAGAAUGCCAUGAAGACAUGGAUUGACUGCCCGGCUGAGGCGCAAUACUGCUACAAGAGCUAUUUGGAGACAAGAGAUUUCAACGACGACAAGACGUGGGUGGAAGGAAGAGCCUGUGGAACACCGAACCUCUGCAUUGUAAAUGGCUGCGUCGGAUCGAAGACCGAUAAGGCGUGCUGCUGCCGCGACGAGCUGUGCAACUCAUCAUCGACGAGCAAGAUCCUCGCCUCGCUGCUCACUAUCAUCGCGUUUUUCGCAUUGAAAAACUAA